GCAAAGACUUAUUGCUCACAAAUUCCACAAAGAAAACGACAUUGACUUCAUUUUCCUAUGAUAAUAUGGACCUCACUUCCCUUUCUCUCCUACUCAAAACCACUUCUUCUCUUUUCACUCAUCUCUCAAACCAUGAGCUACUCAACCUUAAUCCAAACCAACUCUCCUAACAAUAAUGAAGGAGAAGAAGACAAAGACUUCUGUUUCUGGACUUCACCAUAUUCAGAAUCUUCAAGGAGCAAAGAUAUUUUACAAGGAAAGAAUGAACUUAUGGAGAUGAUGCAACACAUACCUGAGUCGAGCUUUGAACUCUCUUUCCAAGACAUGGUUGUCGAGCAGCAUCAAGCUCCAGAAGCUAAACCAGAACCAGAACAAGUGGAAAGUAAAGUUCAACAACCUCAACACAAAAAGAUGAAUGAGAAGAAGAAAAUAAAGAAGAAGGAAAACAAAAGCAAUAGUAGACAUGGUAAGAUACUGAGGGCUGAAAGCAUGGAGAGUGAAACAUUCUUACUCAAGAUGGUUUUUCCAACUUCUCUUGAUUGGAAGAAGAAGACUACUAAAAGACAAAAUGACUCCAAGGUAGAAGAAAAAGAUAAAAAAUGGAGGAUCAAAAGUAGCAGCAGCAACAAUAGCAAUGACAAAAGCAGAUAUUUUGAUCGCAGCUUCUCAUUCUCACAAGGUUGCUUCCCAUUCUUUGAUCAUAUAAAAAGCAAAGUAAAGAAGGACACUUUGAAACUUGGAGGAUUCAAGGCGUGAAGAAUUGCAAAGGAGACUUUAGUUAUUCUUGAGUUUUUGGGUUUUGAUUGUAAUAGUGGCACUCAUUUUACAUAUUUGACAAACAUGUAAUUUGAAAGCUAUUAGCUAAAUAAUUGUAUAAAAAAAACAGUAGCUAAAUAUUA